ACAGCUUGCUGCAGUAAAGCAUCACAGACUGGCGAUUUCUUCAACAGGAACACGUCGGUCUCCAGCUGACAGAGAAUGCUUCCCGUUGUCUCUGCAGAUUUGCUCGAGGAGCCGCCGAACCCGUAUGACAACAGUGCCACCAUCAAGGCAAAGACACUUUACAACUCAUGCAUGAAACUGAACGUGAUCGAGGAGAUUGGCGACCAGCCUCUGCGUGUGGUUCUCCGUAGCCUGGGCGGGUGGCCCGUGACCGAGCCCAACUGGACGGCGCCUCCGUGGGGCGUCGAGCGGCUGCUGGGUGACCUGCGCGGACGCUUCGAUCAAGGGGUCGUCGUCGAGCAGUGGGUCGGACCCGACGACAAGAACUCCUCCGUCAACAUCAUACAGAUCGACCAGCAGCUGGCGUUCGGCCUUCCCAGCCGCGAGUACUACCUGAAGGAGAGCAGCGAAAAGGACCGACGCGCCUACCACCGCCUCAUGGUCGAGGUGGCGCAGCUGCUGGGCGCCCAACCCAGGGACGCGCUUCUCCAGAUGGAACAGGUGCUCGCACUGGAGACCAAGCUGGCCAACAUCUCUGUGCCCGAAGCGGACCGGCACGACACAGGUUCCAUCUACAACAAGAUGACGCUGCGGGCUUUGUCUGGAAUGGUGCCUGUGUUCAACUGGACCGAGUACCUGUCGGUGUUCCUUCCCGUGGAGGUGACCCCGGACGAGCCGCUGGUGGUCUACUCGGUGCCUUACCUGCAGCAGGUCGGCCAGAUCCUGGUCGACACCGACAAACGGACGCUGCACAACUUCGGCGUGUGGCGCCUGGUGAACUACCUGCUGGCCUACCUGGACGGCGAGUACGCGCACAAGCGAAACGCGUUCCGCAAGGUGAUGCUGGGUGUGUCGGCGGACAAGGUGCGCUGGAACCACUGCGUUGAACUCGCCAACAAGAAGAUGGGCAUGGCCGUCGGCGCGCUUUUCAUACGCGACAACUUCGACCCGCACAGCAAGGAGACCGCGCUGGAGAUGAUACACAACAUUCGCGAGGCUUUCAACGAGCUGCUCAAGGAGAACGACUGGAUGGACACCGAGACACGCAAGGUCGCCGAAGAGAAAGCCAACGCUAUGAAUGAAAGGAUUGGCUACCCGGAACUUCUCACCAACCCGUACGAGCUGUCAAAGGAAUAUGACUCGUUGGUGGUGCACGAAGACCUGUACCUGGACAACGUGUUCAACAUCCUGCAGUUCGAGGCCACCCGCAACCAGCUCAAGCUACGACAGCCCGUCAACAAAGAGAAAUGGACUACGGAACCAGCCGUAGUGAACGCAUUUUACAACCCAAACAAGAACGACAUCGUCUUCCCGGCCGGCAUUCUUCAGCCUCUCUUCUACAGCCACCAUUUCCCCAAGUCCCUCAACUACGGCGGCAUAGGGGUCGUCAUAGGUCACGAGAUUACUCACGGCUUCGACGACAAAGGUCGGCAGUUCGACAAGGACGGCAACCUGCAGCCCUGGUGGAACAACAAGACUGUGCAGACGUUCCGAGAGAGGGCCCAAUGCAUGGUGGACCAGUAUUCCAGCUACGUCCUCGAAGACGUCAACCUCAACAUCAAUGGCAAGAUGACUCAGGGAGAGAACAUCGCCGACAACGGAGGACUCAAACAGGCGUACAGGGCAUAUAAGAAGUGGGUCAAGCAACAUGGUGAGGAGCCCCUGUUGCCCGGCAUCAACCUCACACACGACCAGCUUUUCUUCCUCAACUACGCCCAGAUUUGGUGCGGAUCUAUGAGACCCGAGGAAGCCCUGAACAAGAUCAGAACUUCAGUCCAUUGUCCAGGACCGAUCAGGGUUCUGGGCCCACUGUCCAACUCGUACGACUUCUCCCGAGCAUACAACUGCCCCAACAUGAGCCGUAUGAAUCCAGCCAAGAAGUGCUCCGUCUGGUGAAAGGGCGGCAGCAGAGUGCGCGAGCGACUGGCGACGAGAAAACGAGCCUCAACGCCAGCCGCCUCAUGGCUAUGCACUGCUGGACCCUUGGCUUAAAGCGUGCUAUCCCAGCACACCCAACAUUGAACCACGCCCCGUGAUAGACGUGCGUGCGGUUCGCCAGGGGAGACGAAACAGAACCGGUGUCCGGACACCAGUGCGGAGACAGAAAAUGGCGACGCGACUGCAGUGACGGCAGCGCUUAUCACAUGUGCCAAAGUGUGUGCCGAACGACUGUUCGCGUUUUUCUCCUUUCUUUCGAACGUCUUUACAGCGAUACCAGAGAGAACUUCGCCGAUGCCACCACUCUCCAAACUUUGUGCUGGGCGGCGGUGGGCACCCAAAUACUUGUUCUGGGUGCGGAUGCGCCAAGCUGCCAUUCGAAACUUCCAUCUCAGCUUUGCGAAGUCAAGCUAAAAAAAAAAAAAGCAACGAGAAACAAAAAACGCGUUUCCGUUUACGCGACUUGUAAGACUGUUCACAUGUGCAUAUUACCGCGCGUAUGGAGACAGCGACUUUGUUGUUAACAGGUGUUUUUACAUAUCCGUCUUUCGGAGGUGUUAAGUGUACGCUAACAUCAACCUAACGUGUAGUCAGAACUGUGUCAUUUAAACGUCGCGCCAAUGCGGCGCCCGCAACUGAAAAUCCCCGCGAAAUGAAAAGAAUUUCCGGACGACCCUCUCAACUUUUUAUUUCCUUUUCCUUUCGUUUCUUGCUUGAAUGCAUUCACGGCGACACGCGAAUAUGUACGUAUACCUAGCCGGCGUUCUUGCAAGAAGGACAUUCGAGCUCAACUGUUUUUCAGUGAAUAAA